AUGGGGGGAGGAGGGGGGGGAGGAUGGGUGAGGGGGGGGGGGGGGGGGGGGGGGGGAGAGGGGAGGGAGGGGGAUUGGGAGAGUGGAGUGGGCAGAGUCUGUGGAGGGGGGAGGAGAGGGGAGUGUCCUGGGGGCUCGGCUGAACUCCCGGUGGAGGUGCAGGGGGUGAGGCAGGGGGUGAGGCGGAGAGUAGGAUGGGAACUAAGAGAGGUGCGGAGAUGA